AUGUCUCUCUCCCCAAUUCUGCCAAGGACACCUUUAUACUCUCUACCUACCUCUAAUAAUACCUUUCCUGGUUCAAUUGAAGGCAGUUUACUUAAUUUUUCUCAUUUCGACUCACAAGGGGAAGAGAAAUAUGUCCUCAGGUCACCUCUACAAACAAGACAUCCACCUGUAUCUCAAGUUCCUCAAGAUGAUCUUCAAAUACAAGUAGAGCAUGGAAAGCUUGAACAACGGUUCAAUAAUGCUAUUGUUGAGCUCAAAAUCACCCAGAAUAAUUAUGAGCAACUUCUCCAGACAAUCAAAGAGGCACCUGCGCAUACACCCAAUCCAACAACCGCUUUACUCCGCAUUCCAAUGUUUUCACGCUGUGAUUAUCCAUGUGUCACGAUCUGGACCAAGGAUGACUUCAUGAAGGCUAAAAACCUACGCUCUUCCAGAGGGGUACUGCUUAAGAUUGACAACUCAUCAACUGGCCUAUGGUGGCUUCAGGAUGCAAACGGAAACUCUUUGGAUACACAUACCAUAUCACAUGUUCGGGAGAUGUUGAAAUGUGUAUGGGAAAGACUCAAGGUACAGGGAAGGGCUCCACCAAAAUUUCUCGAUGCUGACAUCGACAUGAUCAAUGAAUUCAACCAUUAUAUGAUCAACAUGUUCAACUUUCUUGGGUUUUGUGACAAUAAUUGGAAAACACGGCAAAUAUUCAUAAUCGACUAUCCUUCCUGGUACUCUAAGCAUGUCAAGAACUCAAGGGGACCGCGGGAAACACCGGAAAAUUUGCACUCUACAAAGCGGAUGCACUCAAACAAUGACCCAGACACUAAAGUGAAGCGGAGGCGAGAAGAAUAUAUACCAUCAUCAUCAAGUCUUUCCUCUGACCUUGCAACAAGCACUUCGUCACUUUUGGCCAUUUCAUCUCCACUUCCAGCAAGCUCUACUACACCAGACUCUAUAUCUAUUGCACUGGACCUCGAUCUGUCCAUUCUUUCGUCCUCGCUCACCGCUCCAGAGGUAGAUCUGUCAAUGGAUCCGCCUUUGCUUAUGACAACCCAAGCCUCUCAAGAUCUGCCAGUCGCAACAACCCCGGUCGUGAAUCCAGCAUCACUGAACAUUCCAUCUGUUUUGACCGGGGUUUUCGAUAGCUCGAAACUAGCAGCUUCAAUUGUUCCUUUACCAUCUGACCCUACUGCUGUUGCCCCGCCAAAGAAAGAGAAAUCAAAAGGUGUCCGGAGUAUUCACCUUGGGAGUAAGAUUGACGCUCACAACAUAGCCAAGAAGGAAUGGGCAGCAGCAGUACAGGCUGAAGGCAAGAAACCUGUUCAAGACGAUUGGGUAAAGUUCUGGCAUGCAUUAUCUGAAGGAAAGAAACUAGAAUAUAAGGAGAAAGCCCGGAUUCUCCUUGCAGAAGAAGCCUCCGCUACCGCAAGCAGUGCUUCAUCGACAUCCAAAGUCACGCAGAGCUGUCAAAAGUCGUUUUCGCUCAUUUCUGCUUGCCCCGGGACGUACUCCCACCACUCGGGCACUCGAGCACGGAGCAUGAGGGAGGGAGGAGGGAGGGAACGCAAAAUGCAACAGAAUGCAAUAGAACAGAAUGCAACAGAACCACGUGUACACUCUCCACUCAACUUGGAGAGUGUACAUGUGGUUUUUUACCAAUUCCCUCGGGGCGCCUGGCCCAGCACACAAGGACACCCGACCCAAGAACCCAGCUCCGAACUCGCGGAAACCCAGCACCCAACACACAAAAACAUAGGACGUACCGGGAUUCGGAGGCUGUGCCUUCGAAGAGUGCUCAAAGAGCGUCAAAGAUCAAAGAGAGCGGAGCUUGCGCCUUUGAAGAGUGCUCGAAGGUGGGCAGAAGAGUGCUCGAAGAACCUCGAAGAACUUCAAAGAGUCCUCAAACAUCAAACAGUCCCUCAAACACUCAAAGAGCUGGAUUCGGGACUAGGACCAGGACCAGGGCAGAGGGUCGUUGAAGCGCGAUUGCGAUUGCGAUUGGAGAAUGAGGUGCAAUCAAGGAAUGAGGUGUAUGAGAUGAGACGGAGACGAGACCAAGAUGAAGUAGGAGACUGA